AUGGUCGCCCUGAGGCGAUUUUUUCAUGUGGAGAGAGGGCCGACGUUGGAUCCCGAUGAAAACGGCCUUCGCUCAGAAUGCCAACCUCACAAUGGUGGUCAUUAUGCAGAAACUUCCCAGCAGCUAAACGUGGAGCACCAAUUCCAGCAAAUUGAAAAACAAUUCGAGAUGAUGCAUGACCAAUUGCAGGCACGGCCCUUGUCUUCUCGAUCGCAAGCACUACCUUCUCAUGCUUCAAGCCGCUCUACAGAACGGAAUCCUCGCCAUGUGGACUUGCUCGAUGCUUUGUUUUCCUCGCACCGAUACCAUAUCCACUCCACAAGCACAUUAUUGCCCAUUACUCCAUACAAUGAAGAUAUUGCUGAGCGGAACAUGACCCAGUUUCUUCAAGUCCAACCGCGCAAAAAGAAUGUGUAUUCACGCCUCUUGUCUGCACUCUAUCAGGAAGACGUGGCCGAUAGAAAUAUUAGGAAUGGCAGACGAAGGAGCCGCUCACUCUCCCGUAUGAGGGGCGGUAGCUCUGGGGGUCAUCUUCAAUCAAAUCACGGCAAUAUCCCUAGGACCGAAGAAGGCAGAAUAGUAGGGUCAACUUCUCGAGUUGCAAGCCUCCUGCCCCCGUCUCGCGCCGAGAGACUAGUUCCUCCCUCGCAAGAAACUACUCUAGGUUGUGGAACUUCCAUACGUCAGCAGAGAUCAGCGCCAAACCUAUCCGCUGAGCGAACCAAAGUGCCUCGAGGGACUGGUCCAAACCCUGGUGAUCGUCUAGGCGUGCCUCCGGCCUACAAGCAAGGAAAUAGGUGGAGCAACACUCCUCUACCAGACAGUCCGACGUUGCCCAGCACAAUGAAGCAGGAUAAGAAUGUCAAUGAAAAUCGACCAACGCAGAAUAGAUCAUUAAGCUCGAGUUCGGGUAACCGAAAUCCACUGAUCUCCCCUCGGCCAGGUUGUAGAAGGAACGUGCGAGAGCUUUCCAUCAAUACGGAAUUGGCAGCUCGCGGGCGGCCCGCCACAAAAAUCACACAUCGUGCUAUACAACCACCGACGCCGAAUACCCUCGAAACGAGGCAGAACCUGAGUAUUGCAGAGGUUAUGAAUAGCCCUCUACCACUAGGAACCCCAACAUCCGUAUCUCCCCUACAUUCUGACCAGAAAGUGUCGGAGAUUAUGGAUAUGUUCAGACAAGCAUAUAUUUCGUCCCAAGCUAUCACACCACACCCCACAUUUGAGACUCUCCAAGAUGCGAUUGUCCGGGAAAUCAACUCCCAUGAGGCUUUUCGACGGGUUCCUGUUCCCGACCCAGGACCUCCUUUCACUCCAUCCCCAUCGGAAGAAUCAUUUGACGGGGUUCUGAAUGUGAAAAGGUCUCCAGGCUCUGGAUCAAAUAGGACUGUUUCUCUUAAAGAUGGUCAGUUUUCCAAGUUGAUUAGACGGAGCUCCUUCAAGAAGCAUACGAGAGCCAGGACCUCUGAGACGGGCAAGAGCAUUUCCACGAGUGUCCCCUCAAAAGCUUUCCGACGAGCCUCAGAAACGACCAACCGACGAAGGCACACCGAUGCCCCACCUCCAACCCCCGGAUUCUUCGAUACAUUGGAAACAAGACCGCAGAGAGGUACAGUGAGACCCGAAGAACAAGUGACCUACAUGGACCUGCUCCUCCGGUCGCAGAAGUCUUCUUCAAACCCUGGUCCAAAGAGAUACCCCGACUUGGGAAGCCAUUUGGAUCAUGUUCAACGCAUGAGUACCGCCUCUCCUGACAUGUCGGAGAGGUCAAUUCCUGCGCCUUCCGUGCUGCACAUGCGUGCACAAACAUCCGUUUCGUCUGGCGAUAGUCGAACCAGUUUUUCGGCGUAUGAGAGUGACGAAGAGGUGAUCCAGUUACCUAGCGUUGGAGUCCCGUUCGUUCAGAUCCAAUGUGUGGACGAACAUAACUUGUCUCAUGUUGCCGAGAAUGCAACGUCGCGAAAUGCUUAUAGGCUCAUGAAUUGGCCUCGAAAGUCAAACAGGAGUAUCAGUCUCCGAGGAAAUGCCAUUAAAAAUGGUAGCAGCCCAUCCCAACCGACUCCGAGGAUCGAGCGUUGGGUGCGAGGAAUGCGCUCUGUCGAGUCUUAUUGA